AAUUUUUGGGAUUUUUUUGGGGAUUUCAGUGCGUGCAGGAGAUGGGGAACGGCAAAGCCAACCGACUGUAUGAAGCUUACCUGCCCGAGAACUUCCGGAGACCACAGACCGACCAGGCCGUGGAGAGUUUUAUCCGCGAUAAAUACGAGAAGAAGAAAUUCAUGGACAGGAGCAUCGACAUCAGCGCGUUCAGGAAAGAAAACUACGACAAAUGGAAAAGGAACAACGAGUCGGAACGAAAACCGGAACCCAUCAUCUUCGAGAAGGUGAAAAUGCCCCAAAAGAAAGACGAAACGCAGCAAUCCCGGAAAAAUUCACCCAAAUCUGAGCCGGUCAUGGAUUUGCUGGGACUGGACGCCCCCGUUCCCGUUCCCGUUGCCAACGGCCGACCCGGCAGCCUGGAGAAAGAUCUGGAUCUGUUCGGGUCUGUGGGGUCGGAGCCCAGGAGGGCCGUGGGCUCCAUGCCCAGCUCGGGCAGCGCCGGUUCGGUCCCCGAGCACCUGAACCUGUUUGCGGAGCCGGYGCGGCCGGACGAGGGUGGCCGGAGGCUCUCCAAGGACUCCAUCCUGUCCCUGUACGGCUCC